AUGAAAGUAAUUGUGAAUUUCGGUGAGAAAAAAGUUGUUGUGCCGUGUGGUCCAACUGGUGACUUAUCCAUUCGAGAAUUAAUUCGCUCGGCAACAGCUAAAUAUUCGAAAUUGUCAUCAUACAACAAUGUGGUUAAUAUAAACAGUGAACAAAUUCAAUUGAGAUUGAAUAAUGGUGCUGUUGUCGAUCCAGAUGAUCGAGUUUGUGAUGUCGCUGACGAUCGAGAAGAAUUGUUUGCUAUUGUUGAAACACAUUCAACAGUCUUGAAUAGCAAUGGAGAAUUAUCUUCAAGUCUUACAAGUUCGAAUUUAUCGACAAGUUUGUCUGAUCAUGAACCACAACGUCCUGGUGUGCCGCCUCCCCUUCCCAAUUCAUCGUCGAGUCAUAAUCGUCAUGAAGUCAUUGUCACUGAUGCUGAUCUUCGAACUCGAUCUUUACGAAUUAAAACUGAAUCAAACAACACACAUCAAUCAAAUGUAAUGAAUAUCAAUCAUUCGAAUCAUUCUCCACUAAUGCAUGCAUCAGAUAACAAAGGAAUGUACAAUGUUCAUACUGAUGAAACAACUGCUGACAAGAUCUUUUACAUUUCAUUACCUAAAGAGAAUAGUCCAUUAGGUAUUCAUGUUAUACCAUACAAUACAGAUGAAGAGCACGUGAAUGGUUUGCUCUUACAAAAUAUCGAACCCGAUGGACGAAUCAAACGUCAGGGAAUUCUAGAAAUUAAUGAUCGAAUUGUGGAAAUCAACCGAGUUAAUAUUGAACAAUGCUCAUUUGAAAAAGCACAACUGAUUUUUCGUAAUGCUCUAUUGGAACCCGAGCUUGAACUGAAAGUUAUUCGUAAGAAACCCUUAUCAACGUCGUUUUAUUUGAACAAUAAUAACGAAAUUAAUCAAAAUACGAAACGUUUAGGAAAAAUUAUCAAAAUCGCUUUAAGAAAAGGUUCUGAUGGAUUAGGUUUUAAACUCGCUUCACGUGAUAAUCCAACGGGUAUUGCCAAUCCAAUCUAUGUAAAAACCAUCUUUCCCAAAGGUGCGGCUAUCGAAGACGGACGUCUACGUAAUGGUGAUCGUUUAUUAACUGUCAAUUCCAUCGAUGUUACCCAAAUGUCAUUACAAGACGCUGUUGGCCUAUUACGUGAGACACGUAUCGGUGAAACAGUUCAUUUAUGCAUAUCAAGACAAAAUGAUGGAUCAUUGCCGAAAGAUUUAAUGUCCGAUGAUGUGAAGACACAGUUAAUGACAUUUGACAUACCAUUGAGAGACACAUCUUCAGCAGGAUUGGGAAUUACAUUGAAGGGGAAGACGUCGAUUAUCGAUGGGCAAUCGGUUGAUUUGGGGAUAUUUGUAAAAAGUAUUUUAACGGGUGGCGCUGCUUAUCGAGAUAAUCGACUUUGUCCAAACGACCAAAUACUGAUUAUUAAUGAUUCCUCAUUGGUGAAUCUGUCGAAUCUUGAAGCAGCUGCGAUUUUACAUGAUGCUGUACGAAAAGAAAUUCAUCCGGGAUUCAUCAAAAUAACGAUAUCUCGUGUUUUGAAUGAUGGACAAGAGAGAAACUCGAGAUAUGUAAAAGAAACAGAACUUUUACCACCGGUGGCAACAACAAUGAACGAUGAAAAUGAAUUAGACUUAACGAACUUCGUUCCAUCAGUGAAUCAAAAGCCCCCGAUGAAGCCGACUAAACCUAUUGAUCCAGAAAAUCGUUCAACAAUGAAUCAAUCACCGAUGAGAACCAAAACAACAUUGAGUGAAAAGCAAAAUCAAGAAGAGAUCGUCAAUGGAAAUGCGAAUCCAUUUGAACGUGAGACACCAUUUCGGCAAAGUAUAUCCGAAAAGCGUCGUUUAACUCAACAACCCAACAGCCAAGUUGUUCAAUGGAAACAACGUUCUUUUCACGACGCGCGAACAAAUAGCGAACGAACUUUCCGUCGUUUUAACCUUGCCAACCGCAUUCUUUCUAUCUUAGGACAACCGCCUCGACCAUUACCAGACUCGUCAGCACGAUUACCACGUUCGUCAUCCUAUGAAAGCAUCCACCGACCGAUUGAAGAUGAAGAACAUAAACGCCAAAGUAAACUACGUAAUCGUGCAUGUAAUGAUUCAUUUCGACAUGCUGUCGAUAAAUCCUAUUGUCAAAAUGGUCAAGAUGAAUCAACUAAUGGUGAAAAACCUAAUAAAGGAGAACGACAGAAAUUUAAAUUCUCCAAUUUAUUUACGACAAAAGCAAAACGAAAAGAAAACCAAGAAGAACAAUCACCAUCGAAUCAAUCGACAAAAACAAUUCUUGUUCAUUCACAAUCUGCUCAUGAAAAUCAAGCACCAUUCUAUCCACCUCCUCCAGCUCCAUUCAGUUCUCGGCCAAGUUCAUCCAAAUCACAAAAUAACGAACGUCCAUCAACUGGUUUUGUUCAUCCUUCCAGUAUACAACCUCAAGGUUAUCAACCAUAUCGUUUCGAUUCGACCCAUGCAUCUCGCAGUACACCUGUCAUUGAUCAUUUUACUCCACCACAUCACGAAGCUCAAAUUAUAACUGGUAAAUCUUCCUUGUCCAUCAAUCUUCAAAAGCCAACGCACCCACCCAUUCCACGACAAUUUCUGCAAUCGAAUGUCAACGGCACACAAUCAUUAAAACAUCAUCAAAACAAGUCACGUUCCCUGUAUCCACCGACAUUUUCCACUCCAACUGAUCAAUUUCCAAUGCGUAGUCAAGCGAUCGAUUUUCCGAUUAAUGCAUCUCAAUCAAGCAGACCACCAGGCUAUCCACCAAGAGCACGUGUUCAUUUACAAUUCGAAAAUCCGGCCAAUGUUUAA